GGGCCCUCCCCCCUUUCCCCGGAGACCAGCGACUUUUACGGCAGCGGGAACUCCUCUGUGCCGCUGCGGCGCUAUAUAAACCCCUCGACGGGCUUCCCUGGUCAGUAGCCAGACGCGGGGAGCGCAAAGCUGCUCUCUAUUCCUUGCCGCGCCGCAUCCACACGUGCUCCUGAACGCGCGUCUGGACCGCGUUGCCUCUUUUCCCUCUACACUUUGCGGUCCGUUCCUUCGCCUUCUCCUCCCCGAGAUGCCGCCCAAUCUCACCGGUUACUACCAGUUCGUCUCCCAGGAUAACAUGGAGAAUUACCUCCGUGUCUUAGACAUCAAUGUUGCUCUGAGGAAACUGGUUUGCCUCCUAAAGCCAGACAAGGAGAUCAUACACCAUGGGAACCACAUGACCAUCCGCACAUUAACUUCGCUUCGAAACUACAUCAUGGACUUUGACUUGGGGAGUGAGUUUGAAGAGGACUUGGGGCCGGUGGACGGGCGCAAGUGCCAGACUGUUGUCGACUGGAAGGGAGAUGAGUUGGUGUGCGAACAGCGAGGAGAGAAAAAGAAUCGGGGCUGGAAACACUGGCUUGAAGGGGACCGGCUGCAUCUGCGCAUGACAGCGGAGGAUGAAGUCUGUGUCCAGGUUUUCCAGAAAGUGAAGUGAAACUCCGGACAACCCAGUACCCACCUGGUACCAAACACUGACUUCAGGAUGCAGUGGGCAUUAGAGCCCGGAUAUGAAGGUUGUGCAUUCAUCACAACUUGCCCCAAACCUUACUUUUCAGAAUAAAAUAAUCCAGGUGGCUGA